GAUACGACUGUAUAUUGAUAGAAAGAUUAUGUAGCUGUAUAUAAAUAUUAAAUAUUAAAUAUUAAAUAUUCCAGUUAAAUAUUUUAACUGGAAUUCCUUGUAAAUUAUCCUCCUGCACUGCUGGUGGCGCUGUGCGCUAACUGCGAGCUGAUGACCCGCAGGAUGAUCUCUCAGGUCUUCAUCUUGUCCUCGAAGGGGGACCAUCUCAUUUAUAAAGACUUCCGUGGACAAGCUGGUAACGACAUUGUCAGUAUUUUCUACGAGAAGGUCACGGCGCUGACCGAGGACCAGCCUCCGGUCGUCAUGAAUCAUAAGGAUCUUUACUUCCUCCACAUCAGGCAGGGAGGACUGUACUGGGUCGCCACGACCACGGUGGGCUCCUCGCCAUUCGCCAUCAUCGAGUUUCUCAACAGGUUAGCAGCUCUGGUUAAAGAUUACUGCGGCAGCCUAUCAGAGAAGUCGGUGCAGAUGAACUUCGCCCUCAUCUACGAGCUGCUGGACGAGAUCGUGGACUACGGUUACAUCCAGACGAUGUCCUCUGACGUCCUGAAGAACUUCAUCCAGACCGAAGCUGUCACCUCCAGGCCGUUCAGCCUGUUUGACCUCAGCAACGUCGGCCUGUUUGGAGCAGAAACGCAGCAGAGCAAAGUGGCUCCAAGCUCUGCAGCCACCAGGCCAAUCCAGUCCAGCAGAGAGCAGGGAGGGAAGAGCGAGAUAUUUGUGGACGUGAUUGAGAGGAUGACGGUCGUCAUCGGCUCCAACGGAGUUCUGAUGAAGGCAGAUGUGGAGGGCGAGAUCAGAGUGAAGUGCUACAUGCCGAGCUGCUCAGAGAUGCGAAUCGGACUGAACGAAGAGUUCAGCAUCGGCAAGUCGCAGCUCAGAGGUUAUGGAGCCGCUGUUCGGGUCGACGAGUGCAGCUUCCACCAGGCGGUGCGGCUGGACGAGUUUGACAGCCAUCGGAUCCUCCGACUGUGUCCCAGCCAGGGAGAGCAAACUGUAAUGCAAUACCAGCUCAGCGACGACCUGCCGUCUGCGCUUCCUUUCCGACUCUUCCCGACCAUCGAGAGAGACAACGGAGGAAGCGCUGCCAUCAACGUGUGUGCCACCAUCCCCGUCCCCAAAGGCUCUGUGAGUUUGUCGCAGGAGCUGAGCAGCCCGGAUCAGAGCGCCGAGCUGAAGCCGCAGAGCAGAGCCGUCGUCUGGCAGAUCGCUCGCUUCGCCGGAGGGACGCAGCUCUCGGCGCUGUUUAAGCUGGAGGUCCCCAGCCUCAGCUCGGCCUCCAUGUUGGAGGUCGGUCCGGUCGGCCUGAGCUUUGAGCUGCCGAAGAUCACUGCCACAGGGCUGCAGAUCCGCUUCCUGCGCCUGUCGCCCGUCCAGCCCGGCCCGUCGCAGCGCUGGGUCCGAUAUGUCACCCACUCGGACUCCUACACGAUCCGGAUCUGAACAUUUGGAUUACCUCAGCGAGAAGAUGAUCUUACUGACCGAUCACAGGACUGGAGACGAGACACGUGACAUCAGCAAUGCAAAUGUGAUUCUCGCUGUUUCAUCCUUUUGUGACUCUGUGUUUGGUGGUUUGUGCAGAAUCGGACCUGCUUUUGUUCAAGCUUGAAAAACUCUGGUGAGAAGUUUCUUCUUUGUGCCGAUUCAGUUGAAUCAUUUCUGCUCAGUGACCAGUUCCACUUCUCUUUGUUCUCCUUGCAUUUAACCUUCUAGGCAUGACAUGAAGUUUAAAUUAAAGUUGACCUUUAGGACACUGUGUA